AUGGAUCUAUUAUCUACAGAGUACAGUUCUAGUAGCGAGGAAGAUUCCACAAAGAUCUCAACCAAACGAACCGGUCUUAAUAGCGCAAUUUCUCAACUUGUAAAACGCCCAAAGAUAGAUUUGGCCCCAAAGGUCAGCUUAGAGGAUCCAAGGCUUUCGAAUUCAAUUUUAAUAAAACCCACCGAUACUCAAAUCAAUGUGAAUAUACCGUACGAUGAUAUGAUGAAACCUGUAGCUGGUCCUGCUAAUCCAUACAGUACAAAAGUGAUGAAUCAAAACGUUUUAACUGGACAUGUUGAAGAACAAGUUUAUUCUGAAGCUGCUUUCAAAACGCAACAACGCACUUUCACUUCUUUUGGUUACGCGUUAGAUCCUUCUCUUAUCACAUCAACUAAGGGGUAUGUUGGAGACAUUGAGAAAGCUGUAGCUAUGAAUGGUGCUACGAUUUAUGACCCAACUCCUAAACCGGCUAAUAUGCCAAAGAGAUUACCUAAAGGUGAUUCGGCUAUAUUAGAAGGUGAAAAUGCGUAUCAGGGUCCUUGGGUUGGGUACGAAGGUGAAAAUAUCGGAAAUCCCGUCGGUCCUCCGGAGGGUUCGAUAUCUACAAAGACUGAGACUGAAACUAAAUCCAAGAAAGAAAUCGAGUCUGGAAUGGAAAAAACAAUAUUUCAUGGAAAAUCGGAAUACGAUUAUCAAGGAAGGACUUAUAUGCAUGUGCCGAUGGAUUUGGAUGUUAAUUUGUUGGGGGAGGCCGGCACUCAAGAAUGUUUUAUCCCGAAACGAUGUAUUCAUACAUGGUCUGGACACAAUAAAGGUGUUACUGCAAUUCGUUUUUUCCCUAGAUCGGCACAUUUGAUACUGUCUUCUAGUAUGGAUACAAAAGUGAAGAUCUGGGAUGUUUAUAAUGAUCGCAGAUGCCUAAGGACUUAUAUAGGUCAUAAUAAAGCAGUUCGAGAUAUUACAUUCACAAAUGAUGGAAAGCGUUUCUUAACGUCAAGUUAUGAUAAAUAUAUCAAAUUAUGGGAUACUGAGACCGGACAAUGCAUAAAAUCAUUUACCACCGGGAAAAUCCCAUACGUUGUCAAGUUCAAUCCUGACGAAGAUAAGCAGCAUAUAUUUUUGGCAGGAUGUUCUGAUAAAAAGAUUGUACAGUUUGAUGUAAAUACUGGUGAAGUGACACAAGAAUACGAUCAACAUUUAGGUGCUGUGAAUACCAUCACUUUUGUUGAUGAAAAUAGACGUUUUGUUACUACAUCGGAUGAUAAGACGUUAAGGGCAUGGGAGUUCGACAUUCCUGUGAAAAAUGCUGGUUAUGCUUGUCAAGUUAAUUUUUCACCUGAUGGUAGAUUUAUAAUGUCUGGUGAUUCAGAAGGAAAUAUAUGGUUUUGGGAUUGGAAGUCUUGUAAAAUGCUCAAGAAAUUCAAGGCACAUGAUGAUGUUGUGAUUGGAUGUGAAUGGCAUCCUCAUGAGACUUCAAAGGUGGCAACUUGUAGUUGGGAUGGAUUAAUUAAGCUCUGGGAUUGA